CGCCUGCGCUUUUCUGAGAGGGGAAAAAGCAUGGUAAAAGCUGGCCCCGAUCCUUGGAGCGCAGCCCCGCUGAGCAGGAGGUGGGAUUAUUCCAGGGUAGUUACGGAGAGCUAUAACCUGGCAGCGGAGUGUUAAAGCGACUUGUCCCCGCUGGAAGAGGAACCCGCUGCGGGCACCGCCGGCGUGGCAGCCCGCGCCGUGGCUGUGGGGAGGUCACUCAGGUCCUUCUCCUCCUCUCGCCCUUCUUUCUCCUUCUAGUGAACGGCAGAAGAAAGAACUGGUACUCGGCUCUUGCCAGCGUUGGGAAUACCGUGCCUUUUGCCUGGGAUGAUUUGUCUUGACGUGCCGCUUCGACGGGAUGUACAAAGUGCGACUGGGACCGAUCCGGCCAACAAAGUUUGCGGCGUGAUCGGCAGGGGCAGUGGGAUGGAGGUAGCUGGGCACACGCCGGUGGGGUCCGUCACGCAUGGUCCGACAGCACAGACCUGCUGCUCCCUUGAAAACUAACUCCUGAUGGUCAAACUCUGCCAGCUCCUGUUUUUACUUCUCCCCUGCCAAUCUGCACUUUCAGGGAAAAAACCACACACACACGCACCUGAUGCAAUGCAGUGUUUUUGUGGUGGUUUUGUGUAUAAGAUUUGCUAUGCAAUUCCAAAACUAAAAGAGGAGGAGAGACGGCCCUGCAUCCCAGAGCAAACAGAGAAUCAGAGGUGAAAGGUAGGAGCCAGCAUUUCUCAUUUAAAUAAAACUAAAUAACCUGAGCUACUUCUUACUGAAAACCUUUAAAACACACCUACUGUAUGUUUAUUUUCUUUGUCUUGGAAGUGUAAAACAGUUUGAAACAAAGUGAAGAUUUGCUUUCUGACGCUGCCCAGAAACAGAGAACUGAUGCAUUUUGUAACAGGAGUGUACCGAGGAGGAAGGAUGGAGUGUUUCAUCAGUGAGACAUUUAGGAAACUAGAGAAAAGCACCUCGUAUAGUACGCUUCAGUAAAUAGGAAAGGCUAGUGCAGUGGACUCUGGAAACACUCGAUCAAUAGCCUAUUUAAGUGGGAAUAUGUGCAAGCAUGGAAAAGUGAUUGCUUUCCUGUCUGUGGGGUAUAUUUGCAGAGGACAGCAGCAGAACGUUUGCAGGAAAGGAGCUGAUGCCGUCAUGAAAAUCAUGAUAUGAUUUUCCCUCAGGAGAAACUAUGACUUGGAACGACACCACUAUGGACGGGGAAGGGUUGCUGGUGGAAAGGGACUCUUCCUUUCGGAUCCUCACGGGCUGCUUCCUCUCGCUGCUGAUUCUCUCCACGCUGCUGGGAAACACACUGGUCUGUGCAGCUGUCAUUAGGUUUCGCCACCUCAGGUCCAAGGUGACCAACUUCUUUGUCAUCUCCUUGGCCGUGUCAGAUCUCUUAGUGGCAGUUUUGGUCAUGCCUUGGAAAGCUGUGGCUGAGAUCGCCGGUUUCUGGCCUUUUGGUUCAUUUUGCAACAUCUGGGUGGCCUUUGAUAUUAUGUGCUCAACAGCCUCCAUCUUAAAUCUCUGUGUCAUUAGUGUGGACAGAUACUGGGCCAUCUCCAGCCCGUUUAGGUACGAGAGGAAAAUGACCCCCAAGGCAGCCUUCAUCAUGAUCAGCGUGGCGUGGACUUUGUCCGUGUUGAUUUCCUUCAUCCCUGUGCAGCUGAACUGGCACAAGGCUACAACCACAAGCCUUUUGGACCUAAAUGCCAGCUUACAAGGUAUAAGCAUGGACAACUGUGAUUCUAGCCUAAACAGGAUGUAUGCCAUCUCCUCUUCUCUAAUUAGCUUCUAUAUACCUGUGGCCAUCAUGAUAGUAACUUACACGAGGAUAUACCGGAUUGCUCAGAAGCAAAUACGACGCAUCUCAGCUUUGGAGAGAGCAGCAGUGCAUGCCAAGAACUGCCAGAACACGAGUGGCAACAGAAGCAGUAUGGACUGCCAGCAACCAGAGAGCAACUUCAAAAUGUCCUUCAAGAGGGAAACAAAGGUUUUAAAGACUUUGUCGGUGAUCAUGGGGGUCUUUGUGUGCUGCUGGUUGCCAUUUUUCGUAUUGAACUGCAUGAUUCCCUUCUGUGAGCCUACCCAACCUUCCAAGGGAGCAGAAGCUUUCUGCAUUAAUUCCACCACCUUUGAUGUUUUUGUUUGGUUUGGAUGGGCUAAUUCUUCCCUCAACCCCAUCAUUUAUGCCUUCAAUGCUGAUUUCCGCAAGGCAUUUUCGACCCUGCUAGGAUGCUACAGGCUCUGCCCUAUGUCCAGCAAUGCUAUAGAGACUGUUAGUAUUAACAAUAAUGGAGCAGUUGUUUUUUCGAGCCAACAUGAGCCCAAAGGGUCCAGCCCCAAAGAGUCUAAUCUGGUUUAUCUGAUUCCACAUGCAAUUAUCUGUCCAGAAGAAGAACCUCUCAAAAAGGAAGAAGAGGGUGAACUAUCUAAGACCUUGGAGAAAAUGUCUCCAGCACUGUCUGGUAUCUUGGAUUAUGAAGCUGAUGUUUCUUUGGAAAAGAUCAAUCCCAUUACACAAAAUGGGCAGCAUAAAACCUGAACAGUAAGGUUUACCCAGCAAGACCUAAUAGUCUAUAUGGUAAUAACCUUUAAAAAAAAAAAAAGAAAAAAAGAAAGAUAUACAAGAUUUUUUGGUAAGAAACUAAGCUCUAGGGAGAAAAACACAUUUACACCAAGCCCAGAAUUAAUUUUCCUGACAUUCAAAGCAAAUUUAACUUUUUAAACAAUAAACAGAAAAAGAUACUGAAAAUUGGUUUAAAAAAGGGAUAUUAAACUGUACUGUUCAUACUGAGGAAAAUAUACAAAUUCAGAUACAGUGCAGUGACAAAGAAAGUAUUGCUGCUUCUCUACACAGAGAAACCAAUUUAUAGCUUAAAAUGAGGCAAAAGAUAAAUGUUAAGUAUUUAAAGAUUAAUGUUUACUAGAAGUUAAAAGAUUGCUGUGUCUUGUGAUAGUGGGUGUUAACAGAUCCUAAUUAAAGACUGAGGGAUUGUAAAGGUAGGUAGAUGCCUUCUUAAAAUUAUUUCUGACAAAUAAUUGAGCCUUAUAAUGAGAAUGGUUAUUUUUAAAGCUUUGGGAGGUAAUAUGUUGAUACUGGUUUUAUUUAUUUAUUGUUUUAAAUCGAUAUUUUUCAUAUGUUAUAACAGAUCUAGCUUUAUUUAUGUUAUUUAAGAUGUCUAAAUAAUGGGAUAUUUUUGGAGUGUCACAACUGCAUUUUGAUCAGUCAACCAGUCAGCACUUUAUUACAAGCUCUGAUAGUCUGGAGAGGUGGUGAGGAGAAUGAAGGAAUGUUAAGAAGCUCAGCAAGAAAUGAAGGAAUCAACAAAACUGAUGCUGUAUGGAGUUUGUUUGCUUGUGGGCUUUUUUUUUUUUAAAGUGGGAUUUCUUUCAAAAGAUAGGACCAGCGUUGACUGAGUUGUGAAUUCUCUUCCCUUAUAGAAAUAAAAGAAAUUGCUGCUAUUUAUUUUUAAAAAGUUUCAUGUUACAAAGACUUUGCUAGAAUGUCAAGUUUGUGGAUCUGUAAAUACCUUAAAUAUGACUACAACCUUAAGAAGAAUCCAAUUUGAGAAGAAAAGCUUCUUAGAUAACAAUUCUUAGUAUAUAAUGUUUUGUAUUUAUGUAAGAUAAACAGCUUUCUCAGACUUUUCUUAUUUCAAGUCUUGGAUAUCUUUUCUGAACAAACACAAUUGGUUAUAAUGGUAGUAAACAUGCCAAACCUCGUUAUCAUCUGUAUUAUUGCAGUACCACCAGGAUCAUGCUCUCUGUCUGCUACUGUAUCACGGUCAGAAUUAAAAAGUGAGGUACCUAGUGCUUUACUUUGGAAACUAGGAGGAUGUUACAUUUUAGUAAUUACCAUGUCAAUAGUCCAUUCGAUAUGGAAUAGUGCCUCAUUACCAUUUUGGAUUAAGACAUUUCUAAAUAUGGAUGGAACUGCAGCCCCCACCUCAAAAAGUCCUGUGAGCUCCAAAAAAGUUGCUAAUGUUUAAUUCAAAAAAACUGCUACUUUUCCAUUGUCCUUCCCUGCUGCUUUCCCUUUGUAAUGCCAAAAGCAAUCAGUGAACGUUAGCAACAGGAACAUUGGGUGUUAAUAUUCAGCAGCAUUCAAAGAAAGCUAUUUGUUUUCCGAAAAUACCCUUUCGAGCAACUUUUUCAUAACAUAUAUUAAAAAAAAUGUGUUGUCAGAAAAAGAGAACUGAGAGGAAAAAAAAAUUUAAACUCUAAUGAACUAUAUACAUCCUGCAUCAGGUCUGUGUAUUUAUGUAUUGUGAAUGUUUUCAUAAUUUUAUUGCUUGUAUGCUGCUUUCAUACAUAUAAUAAAAUUAUUUUGUGAACAGAAGGUCAAAUAAAAUGAUCUACAUUGCA